CCUUUUCGUUCGUUGCCACGACCUUGGGUCUUCCUGUGACGCAUUGGUCUUUGUUCGCUAAACCCGCCUCGACGUUUCAUCCGGCUGGCGCGUUUGUUUUGACUUCGUUUCCGCAGUUCCUGUCCGUGACCCCGAGCAAAACUCGAAGCGUCCUCGUCUCUGAAGCCCGAGCCUAUGGGGCAGCUAUCAUUUCCCGCUUCAGACGCAUACGAUAUCCAUCUCAACCUCGAAACUCUGCACAUCCCGUGAGAGUCGUAAUACAACGAACCCCGCAACACUAAGCAACAGUGACACCACAAUGCGGCGCGCAUCGCUGGAUCUGACCGAGCCCUCUCGGAAUCUCGAAGAUUCGAAUGGCCAGCCAUCUGCCGGUAGGCCCGAACGGCCCUCUGACCUUUCUCUUCCGGCGCCCGACGAAGAGAUUGAUAUUCUCGAUGGUGACAGCAGCGAUGCCAAGGCCUAUACCCCGCCACCGCGUAUCGCUGCACGGCUGUUCUACCGUGCGACCAACCAGUCGCGACGCAAAGACAGCGCCGCUUCAUCACGGCGCAAUAGCAUCUCGUCUGCUCAUUCUCGCUCAUCUCAUGGGUGCGCUCGCAAUGCAGGCCCGCAGAGCAAGUAUAUUGCCCAGCACCUUCGUCGGGCCUCCAUCUUGGAGGACCGGAAGGCGCGGUUGGCUGACCGUGCUGCACACGCUGAGAAAGUACGGCUUCGAGCGGCUCUGGCGAAGGCAGCGUCCAAGGAUACGAGCAUUAGCGAAGAGCGGGCGCUAGCGGCGGCUCAGGCUCGGGAGCGCAACCUCGCUGAAAUCGCUGCCGCAUGUGCUGAGGAGGUCAGGAGGGCCAAGGCUGUUGCAGAAAGCAUGAAGGAGAAACGUGAACAGGAGAUCCGCAAAAUGAAGCUGCAGAUGGAGGAGCGGCUGGCCGAGGCCGAGAGGAGGAGAGAAGAACUGCGAAACCGAAAUGCUUCCAGAGCGAAGGGGCGAGAACGCGGGCAAAGCCUUGGGUCACGCAAGCCUAGUCCAGUUGGGGUCAUGCCCGAGGUUAAGGAGGUCAAGGAACGCGAGCCCACACCUUUGACGGAGGAUGCUGCAGCCUCAAGAAUCCAAUGGUUCUGGAGAGCCAUGAAGAGGAAACAAGCUGUCACAGAGUUCUCUGCUCUGGGUCUAACUCUCGACGCGGUCCGGGAGACAUCUUUUGACCAAGUCACCAUGCUACUUUCUCGGGAGGAUGUGCUGAUGCUUACCGCACGUGUCCUUCGCAUAUGUGGCCUCAACGAGGGCGCUCCAGGCUCCGUGGAAGAGAUGGCGGCUGUACGCUCCUUUUUGAGCGCGUUUCUCAUCCUGGGUCACCCAUCCCAGGUGCUCAGCAACAAAGAGGAGAAGGGUGAACCGGACCAGAUUGCAUCGUCUUCGGCUCAUCCUAUUCCGCGGGAUGGGCUGGCGAGCCCGCAGUCGCAGGAGCUGGUAGGGAAGGCUAGAGACUUGCUGAUAUCGUUUGAGAAUAUUCUUGCACGCCUGACGCCUUUCAACAACUACACACCGCCCCCGACACUCUUGGCUUCCUUCCCCGAAGUGUACGCCACAUUCUAUAACGCGCUCAUUGCCUGGAAAGCGCGUGACUCGAGCUCCUUGGUCGAGUUGAUGGUAAUGCAGUUUGUCGAGCUUGACGCGAUCUGGGAGUCAGUCAAGAACAGCACUGACGGAUCUGUGGAUCAAGUCUACAAAGAAAGUAUCCGCAACAAUCAGCUGCUCCUGCUGGUCAGGAUCAAGAAGCUGGCCGGCCCAGCUCGAGGGAAGCAGAUGGUGGCGGACGCCGUGAAAGCCGCUCGUAAAGCUAGGGCGAAGAAGCCAGUCGGCGACAUAAAACCCCGUGUGGCGGACCACUCAUUCACGGAGACAGCAAUGGGAGAUCUCGGUGUGGAAGAGAGCCUGGAGCAAACAUCGCACGGCCAGACACCGACACCUCCGCCUUCACCUUCUCGAAAGCAUGAACCGUUCAAAAUCAGCAUUGUGAUUCCCAGCGGAAAGAGUCUGUUGCCAGACAACAGAAUUGUCGUGCACGAAUUGGCCAUCAACAAGGAAUUCCGCACCGAGCCGCAUGAAUACCAUGAACAACAGGAACACCUGCUCGCCCCGCUCUUCCAACAGAUGCGGGCCACGAUGCAGGCUCAGGACCAGGAAGCUCACUUUUUCCUGCUAUUGAGGGUUGCCGACUCGAUCCGGGAAAAGCUCCAGCGUCUUGUUAAGCCCGGAAACUCCAUGCACACGUUCAUUGGGGAAUUACUAGACACUGAAAUCGCCAGGCGCCAGUUCACAAUGGGCAGUUUUUCGUACGAGCGAUUUUUCCAAGCAAUGGGAGCCUUGCUCCCGAAAUUAUGUGCCCCAGUCCGUGAUGAUGAAGUCAAGAAGCUUGUUGAGGAGAAGCUGAUCCAGGGAAAUUAUGUCGACCGCCUCGAGGCUUUGAAUGGCUUUAUUGACAUUAUGCUAAGCGACUACGCCAACUACCUACUCCAACUCGCAGCACCGCGGCUCAUUGAGCAGGCGCCCGCGUACGAAGCCAAAGCUUUUGCCGCCGACCUCGAGGCUGGACGACACGGCUUAUCUGCCGCAACAAGGGCGUGGCGGACGGCGCGGCAGAAGCUGCUCGCCGAGGCGGCACGUAGAGACCCUGACAACGUCAACAGCGCUGCUUCGCGACCCACGGCCAACCGCAUCUACGCGCAACUCCUGGUCGACCUAUUUACGCAAUUGGCUUCCGUGCCGCUGGAAGAAAUGCCAGAGAUGCUUCUACUCGACCACAAGCGCGUGCUGGAAGCUGGAAGGCUGACGCGCCGGAUUAUUACGACGGGAGCCAUCCUGCUGCAAUGUAAAAACUUACUGAAGAGGGACGUCCGAGCGCCGUGGCGGAACGAGGCAUUGCGGAUCCUGGCAGUGCUGGAGAAGAUGGACGAGCCCCGGCAGGAAGAGAUGACGCUCGAAGCGGCAGUGGAGGGCGUCAUGGCGGCCCUCGAAGCAGGGCGCUCGAUGCCCGCGGCGACUAAGGUCCACCUCCGGGGGUUAGUGAACAAGUUUCUAACGGCAAGCAUGGAGGCCGCUACACAGAGGGAGAGCGAACUAAGGGAGCCGGUGCUGCGGCUUUUGCUCGGCAGGUUGCGUGGGCAUAUCCUGGCACGACUAGCGGCUGCGUCGGCGAGCGAGAAAGUCAAGGCCACGAGCACGGCGGGUGAGAGGCUCGCUUCUCUGGGGCUGGCCGAGUUCGUGGACAAGGUUAGGGAUAUGGUGGAUAUGCUGAGCAAGGUGUCGGCUGUGGAUCGGAAUGCGCAUGGAGGGUGGUGGGACAAAGUGGCCGAGGAGGUUGAGAAGGAGGAUAGUGUGGAAAGGGUUCAUUCUGCGUGAUCAGGGGCUGGCAUGAGAGAUGGCGUUUCUUAACUCUGUUGAUGCAUCUUUUCUGGGCGGUCCUUGGUUUAUGUCUUUUUUCCUUCGUCGCAGGUCAUGGGGCAGAGCCGAUUCGAUGAGUUGCAUGGAUUAGGAUGGGGGCGGUAAAUGACGGGACUUAACGGUAUGCCGGUGGUUCUUUUUAUUCUUUUCCGUCCAUUUUGUGUCUGCCUGACGAGCAUUUCCUUGAUCUGCCUGACUUCGAGGAAGUUGGCGUCUGAUGGGUUGUGAGGUCUUUGAUCAAUGGGUCCAUGGGCCGAUGGGUCAGCGCUUUUGGGUGACAGUCGAGGCAACAGCGAUGAGUUGUAACGUUACUGUACGGUACUGUACUUACAUUAUUCCGCACCUUUAUCUAUCAGCAGCAGAGUCCCCGUCAGCUUACUGUGCUUGUGUCGAUUACAUCUAAUAACAGUCCUGAC